UUAAAAAGCCAUCGCCGCCUCGUUCACCCCCUGCGCGGGUGACGGCGGCGGAGGAAUCGACUAAUAACGAUGCAGUGUUCUGUCUCUCUUCGCGCGAACUCUUUCUCUCUCCUUUCACUCUUUCCAGGCCAGUUUGAUGCGGCCUUCCACUCUUCAAUCACUAUUCGGCCUUCUCCUCCGCUGCACGGAUCAGCGAAUAAUCGAAGCUGGGCGCUCCGUCCACGCCUUAUCUAUAAAAAUAGGUUCUUUGGAAGAUAGCUUCGUUGGAAAUAACGUCGUCAACAUGUACGCCAGAUGCGGCCGUCUCGCCGAGGCCACGGCCGCCUUCGAUGACAUGAGAGCUGGGGGCUGGGACGUCGUCUCCUGGAACUGCCUUAUCAACAGCUACUCCCAGCAGGGUCAGGCGGGCUCUUCUGCGGUCUUUAAUCUCUUCCGGCGGAUGCGGACCUUCGGGGAUGGCUGCGGCGGCCUCUUACAUCCCAACGCUUUCACCUUUGCGGGAUUAUUCACCGCCGCUUCGCACUCUCUAGACAUGGCCGGAUACGGUAUGGAGGCACACUGCAUUGCCAUCAAGACGGCUAAUUCCACUGACGUCUUCGUUGGCAGUUCUCUGCUUAACAUGUACUGUAAACUAGAACUUCUUUCUGAUGCCAGGAAGGUGUUCGACAGAAUGCCUCACAGGAAUUCCGUUUCUUGGGCGGCCAUGAUUUCUGGUUAUGCUGUUGAUAGGAAUGGCAUCGAGGCUUUUAAGCUUUUUAGGCUGUUGCUGGUGGAGGAUGACUGCAAUGUGAAUGAGUUUGUUGUUACCAGUAUCUUGAGUGCUUCAGUCCAACCAGAAUUCCUCGAGAUGGGAAGACAGAUUCAUGGUCUGACAAUUAAAAACGGAUUGCUGUCUUUUGUCUCUGUCAACAAUUCUCUUAUCACAUUGUACACGAAGUGUCAGUGCUUGGAUGAAGCAUUGGUGAUAUUUAUGUCAUCAGGAAAUAAGAGCCCGAUCACCUGGUCUGCAAUGAUCACCGGUUAUGCACAGAAUGGAGAGUCUUGGAAGGCUUUAGAGUUGUUUGGAUGUAUGCAUUCUGAGGGAGUAAGACCCAGUGAGUUCACGUUUGUUGGUGUCCUCAAUGCUUGCAGCGAUCACUCAUCUUUAGUUGAGGGAAUUGAAGCUCAUUGUUAUGUGCUAAAACUGGGUUUUGAAUCUCAAAUUUAUGUUAAAAGUGCUUUGGUUGAUAUGUAUGCAAAAUGCUUAUGCAUUAAAGAUGCAAGAAGAGCGUUUGAUAUGUUGCAAGAGGUUGAUAUUGUUCUGUGGACAACGAUGAUAUCAGCAUAUGUGCAGAAUGGAGAGCAUGAAGAAGCUCUUACAAUGUACAGCAGAAUGGAAAGCGGAGGAAUUUUACCUAACAAUCUUACCUUGGCGAGUGCUCUUCGAGCAUGUUCAAGCCUCGUGGCUUUUGAGCAGGGAAAACAAAUCCAUGCUCGUACUCUUAAACAUGGUUUUGGUAUUGGUAUACCAAUUGGCAGUGCUCUCUCUACAAUGUACGCCAAGUGUGGGAACCUUGAAGACUGUAAUCUCAUCUUUAGAAGGAUGCCUGAAAGAGACGUUAUUGCCUGGAAUUCAAUCAUAUCAGGUUAUUCUCAGAACGGACGAGGAAUUGAGGCCCUCAACCUCUUUGAAGAGAUGCAGUCGGAAGGCAUAAAACCAGACCAUGUCACUUUCAUUAAUGCCCUCUGUGCUUGUAGCCACAUUGGCUUAGUGGAGAAAGGUUGGAGUUAUUUUAGAUCAAUGCAGAAUGAGUAUGGUUUGUUACCUAAAAUUGACCAUUAUUCUUGCAUGGUAGACAUGCUUACCCGUGCAGGGAAGUUUGAGGAAGCUACAGACUUUAUUGAAUCAGUUCCUAUAGAUCAUGGGACAUGUCUGUGGCGCAUUGUGUUGGGAUCUUGUCGAAAUAAGAAGAAUUUUCUUUAUGGAGCCUAUGCAGGGGAGAGGUUGAUGGAGUUGGGCUCAAAGGAUUCUUCUGCUUACAUUUUGUUGUCGAAUAUAUAUGCUUCAUGGAACCGUUGGGAUGAUGUCGAGCGUGUUCGAAGAUUGAUGAAGCUUCGAGGGGUGAACAAGGAACCAGGAUGUAGUUGGAUAGAAAUCAAGAGUAGGGUUCAUGUUUUUGUUGUAGGGGAACUUCUUCAUCCAGAUAUUAAGGAUAUAUAUGUUGGGUUGAGAUGGCUAACUAAACACAUGAAGGUAGAAGGAUAUUGUGCAGAUACUGGAGUAGCAACUUAUGGUCAUUCAAAGGGAGAAGAUGUAAAAUAUUUCAUUGAAGAGGAAUUGCCGAUGAUUGCAUCUGCUUCUUGAUAUUUUCAAAAGAUGGAGGUUCUUUUCUUUAUUAUCAUUACCAUUAUAAUUAAUCUUAUUUCAAUUAUUUGAGAUUGGGUAUUACAUGAAGUGUCAAUACUAAUUUAGCUCAUUAGACUUAUUACAAAAGAAAGAGCAAAGGCCCAAGGUAAAAGUUUAUGAACAAGAGCCUAUUUCAAAAUCCUAUGUUAAGGCCCAUUAUUUAAAUUUAAUGUCAUGUUCUUAUUUUUUAUAUUUUUUAA